AGUCAAAGUUUAAGUUGAGCAGCUUUGCGCAGAAAAGACUUUUUAUUCAAAUAAAGCCUCCAACUAGGAAGCUCGUGCUGUAUCAACGCUUAUAGAUGCUUCUAUAUGUAACUGUAUAUAGAUAUUUUACAUAUAUAUAUAUACAUAUAUAAUUGAAUUAUAUACAGACAUAUAUAACGAUAAACUAUAUAACGGAAUCAAAGACAUUUCACCAGAUAUAUCGUCGCCGUAAAAUUAUUUUAUCAGGGUUCGGUGAUUCUUCCUCCUCCUCUAAGAUGGGGAGGGGAGGGAAGCUUGAGAACAAGCAAAGUACCAAGAGAAGGGUUCGGUUGAAAGAUAAGGGUUCAGAUGAGUCGGAUGAGGAUUACACAGUGGGAGAUGAUGAAGUAUGCGAUGAAUCAGAUGCAUACUGCUCUUCUUUUGUUGCAGAUGAAUCAGAAGAAAGUUUAGGUGAAUUUGAAGAGGAAGAGGAGGAGGAAGUGAGGAUGGUUGUUAAACCGAAAAGGCAAAAGGGGUUUACUGGUAUUAAAUCGAAAAGGCAAAAGGGGUUUUCUGGUAAGAAGAAGAAUGGGGUUGAAAAGACUUUCAGGGAAAAAAGGGUUUCAUAUGAUGAGGAAGAAGAAGAUGAUGAUGAUGAUGAUGAGGAAUUUGUGCCAGAUGAGAUUGAUUGUGUAGAUGAUGAAGAUGAACUGGCUGUGGAGAAGAAGCAUAAGAAAGUAGGCAGGCCCCCUUUGCGGGAAAAGGGUUUUGUCGAAGGACGGAAGAGGAAGAGGGAGAGGAAUCCUAAGUUUACAAAAAAGAAACUGAGAAAGAAUAGUGGCCUAGGGAGGAAAUCUACUGUUGGUAGUGAUGGGGAGUCCACAGAAAAAAUACCAGUUGUGAAAGGAAGGAGUAAGAAAAAUUUCAGGCCGGGAAGGAGAAGACUGAUAGUACAUUCUGAUUCGGAUUUUGUGAGUUCUGGAUCAUCUGAUUUCGAGUACACCAUCUCUGAGGAAGAGAGAGAACAGAUGAGAGAGGCCAAUGAAUUUUGCAGAAGUUUGCCCUCUAGUUUGAGGAGUUCAUCUUCAUCAAAAAGAAUACAGGAAGAAGACGUCUUGAGUCAGCAAAGAAAACGUCCAGGAAGAAAGGGCAAGGAGAAGAUAGAUGAUUUGAAAAAUGAAUUAGGAAAGCAGGUUUGUGGGGGCAAGGAGAAGGUAGAUGAUUUGAAAAAUGAAUUAGGAAAGCAGGUUUGUGGGAUUUGUCUGUCGGAAGAAGGGAAGAAGACAGUCCAAGGAACAUUAAAUUGUUGCAGUCAUUAUUUUUGUUUUACUUGCAUCAUGGAGUGGUCAAAGGUGGAAUCUCGUUGCCCUCUCUGCAAGCAUAGAUUCAUGACAAUUAGUAAGCCUGCAAAAUCAAACACAGGAUUUGAUUUGAGAACCAUGGUGAUACAGGUUCCUGAGCGUGAUCAGGUUUAUCAACCAUCUGAUGAAGAACUUAGGGGUUAUCUUGAUCCAUAUGAAAAUGUGAUUUGUACUGAAUGCCAGCAAGGUGGGGAUGAUGCUCUCAUGUUACUCUGUGAUCUCUGUGAUUCACCUGCUCACACAUUCUGUGUUGGGCUCGGACGGGAAGUACCCGAAGGUAACUGGUAUUGUGACGGCUGCAGACCAACUGCUAUUGGUUCUUCUACUCCACAAACUCCAAACCCUACACCUGGCCAAAGAAUGAGUAUCAACUUGUCUAUUGGAUCAUCUCCUGUUGACAAUGUUGGGGAAGGAUUAGACCACACUCCAAUGUAUGUACCUGAUACACCAUUGACUCAAGGAACUGGGUUGUUUUCAUCUCCUUGGCGUCCUGUUGGGGGUUCUCAAGCUGCUUCCACAGUAUCUGGUUUGGGGGCAGCUACAUUAUCGGAUAGACGCAGGCUACAGCGUCAUAUACAUCAUCUACGCAAUAACAUAAUGAGCCCAAAUUCUGCUACAAUUAAUGGGAUAUCAGCUAGACAUAUGGGGAAUAACCUUUUUGGUUCUCAGAUUGAUCAGGGUAGGGAAAUAGCUUUCUUACACGGAAUAACAUCGGGAAAUGUAGCACUCAACCAUGGUCUUUUUGACGGAAGGUUACAGGACAAUCCCAGGCAUUUAGUGCAUACUAGGGAUCUUUUGCCUGCAGGAUUUAGCCAUGUGAGUGGGCAAGUAAUGCAAGGUCCAACUUCUACAAAUACUGAUGGUUCUGUCAAUGGGAUGUUACGAGCUGAAUUUCCUGGGAUCAAUAUAGGGUUAAAUUCAAGAUCUGGUUAUGACCAACUCCAUCCAUGUAGUAGCAGGUCAGGCAUGGGGACUGAUGCCAGUGUGUCCCCUUAUAUGUUUAGAGAGGCUCCGGUACCUUCAAGGACACUGCAAGGACGUUUUCAUACACCAUUUUAGCUCCACAUAACCUGGAGCAUCAUGGGGACUGGGGAGCAAGGUUGACCCUGUGCAGCCACCAUUGAUCCAUAUAUAACCGCAUUGAACAAAGGGCAGUUGGGCAGACAAGUCUGAUGAAAGGGCACUGCUCAUCUUGUCUCUAUUUAUUCGUGGGGAUGUAAUGCACAAGAUCAUGAACACGAGAACACCUCCACAAUUUGGGGGUUAGUGAUCAAUGCAGUAAGUGGGAUGGCUUACCAUUUUUUUUUUCUCUCCAUUGAUACUACAUUGGACGCUUCCUUUUCUGUUAGGAAGUACAACUAUUCUUGUUAAAUUGUUUAUAUAGAUGAAAGACCAACAUUGAAACAUCAAAGGGCUUUGUUGUUGUUUUAUCAGUUUGACAGUGAAGUCAUUUUGUAGACAGACUA